AUGGUGAAGCUCACAGCGCGACAGAGGAGCCAGCUGCCCACCUGUUACUAUGAGGGAUACCUGGAGAAGAGGUCGUUCAAAGACAAGACUUCUCGAAAACUGUGGACCUGCCUGUGUGGAAACACGCUGUUCUUCUUCAAUGAGAAGAAAAACGCUGAGUACAUCGAGAAAGUGGAUCUCAGUGAGCUGGUGUCAAUAAGCGAUGACAGAAGCCAGGAUUGUAACUUGGAUGCAGCCAGACUCAAUCUCAUUUUGAAACAUGAAAUUGUAAAAAUCACUGCCCCUAACGCAGAGGCUCGUGAGCUGUGGAAGGGCUUUAUCCACUCUGUGGCCGAGCUGUCGGUACCAGCCUCCCUCAACCUGCUCCCCGGACAGAUCCACAUGCUGAAAGAGGCCGUGGAAAAGGAGAAGACAAGAAUAAGUUGCAUCACUCCACUUGCUGUCACCAAAAACAGUGCUGAAGACAGCCUCCAAAAAGAGCCAGCAUGUUUCCACCGUGUGUCUCGUCUGGAUGCAGAGCUGCUGCUGGACAGAGAGGUCAAGAGAGGAAACCUGCUGCUGAGACCCGGGAGUGACGGAAGCUCCUACGCUGUCACCACCAGACAGGACCUUGAAGGCUCUGUGAUGAGACACUAUCGCGUGACUCCUAAACAGGACGAGGGCUUUAUCAUUGAUGUGGACAAUCCUGUGUCGUGUGCCACCCUUCACGAUGUCAUCAAUUAUUUAGUGGAAAAUACUGAUGGAGUUCUGAUUCCUCUCAUCAUUGAGGAUGCCUAUGAGAAGAACUUAUCUUUUAUUCGUAAAGAUCGGGAAAACGGAGAGAGGAGCGUUCAGCAGGCCCCGCUAAAUCUCACCCCGCCAAACCUCGUCCUCCCAAACCUCGACCCGCCAAGCUUACCCACCAAAAGAGACGCUCCAAGAAUACCGACCCCAGAACCGGCGCCUUCACCAAUUCACCGGAAUUUCUAUCUGAAUGACAUUCCGGAGGACAAAAUAGAGCCAGAGGACUUAUCGGCUGCUUCACUGCCACAACUGGACAUAAAAGCUCAAAAGAAAUCAAUGAUGCCUCCAGUUCCUGCUCCUCGUAAACUGCUGCCCUCUAACUCCACAAACAGGGAUCAGAGGAGAGGCCUCACAGAGCCUCGGGGACAGAUUCCUCAAGCAGCGAUAUCGGAGUUGAAACUCAAGUUUGGGCAGAUGGCCCUGUGUUGA